GCGUUAUAUAUCCGCCGCUUAGCUUAGUGCUGACUUGUCAUUUGGCAGCAGUCUCGCAGAAGCAGUGGUCAUGACGAAGCUCGUGGAAUGGCUGGUCGGGGUGUCGGUUGUGAUCGCAGCCUGGGCUGUGGUGGCUUUCGAUCUGUUCUCGCUGAAACUGCCGCAGAUGUACCGGGAGGUGGCCUGGCCCAUGCCCGUAUACCUGCUGGUGGCGUUUGGCUGCUACUCCCUGGCCACGGUGGGCUGCAGGGUGGCCACGUUCAACGACUGCGAGGAGGCGGCCAAAGAGCUGCAAGAUCACAUUCAACAAGCCAAAGAGGACCUGAGGAAAAAAGGCUUGAAAAUAUAGACUGCGACAAAAAGCAGUGUUGGAUAGCUUUGUGCUUGGAUAUGAGAUUUUUAAUUUUUACUUUUUUGUUUAUGACAGUGUUGGUGUUAAAAGACUCACUAAGAUGUUUAUGUGCAAUUCUUGGAUUAAUUAACGGUGUUAUGGGAUAAAAUUAAACAACAAAAGUGCAGUUGAGCAUGUUCUUUAUUGUCUCACCAACUAAGGAAUUCUGCAUAGACUGUUUGGCCCUCACAGACCCUCAGCGGUUUUCCAUCAUUCUCCCAAGGUGCAUAAUUUGAAGUAGUAAAUUGAAAAUACGCUAAAUGGAAACACAUUUUGAAA